AUGUCCUCUGCAAACCAGCUGUCGAUUCCCUUCCGCAAGUCCAACCACCUGUCGCUCUCGACCGCGAUCCGGCAGUACAUCUCCAAGAAAUAUGAUCAGCACCCUGACAUGUUCCGUCAUGACCUGGAGGUCGUCGACGCCCUGCGCAGAGAUGCCACGAACGUGCGAGAAGCCCACCCCAGCGGCAUCAAGAAGCUGCAGGCCUACGCCGCCCAGCUCGUCUGGAUCUCGGGCAAGUUCCCCAUCGACAUAGGCGCCGACUUCACUUGGUACCCUGCUUUGGGUUACAACACCGAGCGGCCCCUCGUGCAGAACAACCUCAAGUUCGAGCUCAUGAGUAUCCUCUUCAACCUCGCCGUCCUCUACUCCCAGCUGGCCCUCGCCUCCAACCGCUCCACCACCGACGGGCUAAAGACCGCUGCCAACUACUUUAGCCAGGCCGCCGGUGUCUUCAAGCAUAUGAAGGAUAUUGUGCUUCCCGAUCUGCGCAUGGCCACCCCACCUGAGGAUCUGGAUGAGAGCACCCUCGAGUCUCUCAUCCAGCUGCAGCUCGCUCAGAGCCAAGAGUGUUUCUGGCAGAAGGCAGUAAUAGAUGGCUACAAGGACGCUUCCAUUUCCAAAGUUGCUGCCCGCGUCAGCGACCUGUACAACCUGGCUGGGGAGGCCGCCAUGAAGAGCGAGGCCAUCAGCAGCUCAUGGAUACACCACGUGAGCGCUAAACACCACCACUUUGCCGCCGCCGCCCAGUACCGCGCUGCGUGUGACUGCCUGGAGAAGAGGAAGUAUGGAGAAGAGGUGGCACGCUUAACCGAUGCCGUGGUAUGUGCGAACGAGGGACUGAAAGAAGGCAAGGGUGGCUAUCUGAGCAAAGCCGUGAUGGAUGACCUGAACGGCUUGAAGAGGAGGGUAGAGGACGACUUGAAACGGGCAGAGAAGGACAAUGACGUGAUAUAUCUACAACAUGUACCUGCCAAAACCGAGCUCAAGGUUCUCGAACGUGCCAACAUGGCCGUGGCUCGAGUGCCACCCCAAGUUGCUAACCCAACGGAACACCUCGGCGACCACACAGACUUCGGAACUCCAUUGUUCAGCAAACUCGUACCAUACUCCGUUCACGUUGCUGUGUCGAUUUACGAGGAGAGAAGAGAUCGUCUGGUCAACCAGAACAUAAUACAUGCGCUUGAGGCUUUGAACGAGAAACUUCACGAGAUAUUGUCAUCGCUCAACCUGCCGGGAUCAUUGCAAGCUCUGGAAAAGCCUCUUGGUCUACCUGGAACUCUAGUACAGCACGCAGAGGAAAUCAGACAAGCAGAUGCCCUGAGCAGAGUACAGCGGAGUUUUGCCGACAUCGAUAAACUGAGAUCGAGUGAUCGCGCAAUCUUUGACGAGGGAAGGUCUCUCCUUGCCACCGAGGAGGAAGAGGACCAACGACUGCGGAUGAAAUACGGGACGCAGCGGUGGAUGAGACCAUCCAGCAGAGAGGACCCUCAGGGUGCCAAGCUCUGGAAGCAAGCAACUGAUAUCGAUGGCUACUUCGGUUCCAGCACAUCCAGCGACGCAGUUGUCCGUGAAAAGUGGCUUGCAGUGGAGAGCACGCUCUCUAUUCUUGCCGGUUCCGACCGCAGCCUAAUGGACGCUAUACCGCAGAGUCGCAAGACUGAAAUACACGAAACGGUCAAGCCCGCCCUCGGUCGCCUUCGCGGUGCUUACAAUGAUAUUCAGCGCCUUGAGUCCCGCAGACGUCGUCGCGCCGAGGCUCUCCGCGAGAAGGCCAAGGCAGAUGACAUCAAGCCGGACAUGAUGAAAGAGGCGGCAAGGCUUGAGCGCACAUACCCAAACACACAGAUUGUGCCGGCUCACUUUGAGGACUUCUUUGAGAAGAGGCUGGAUAGUAUGUACGAGGCGGAUUUGGCGCAGAUCGAGAAAGACGCCGCUGAGCAGGAGAAAUUCUUGGCGGAAGUAACCCGCGCGAACCGGGACUUUGAGGCUCAGAAGAAGAGCGCAGGAGACCGAGGGUCCAGGGAAAGAGAGGCUGCUCUGCAGGCGUUGGACAAUGCUUAUUACAAAUACAAGGAAAUCGUCAGCAAUGUGGAGGCUGGAAGGAAGUUUUACAAUGAUCUUAGCAAGAUCGCUGGCUCAUUCAGGGACAAAUGCAGGGACUGGGUCAGCGAGAGGCGGAAGGACUCUCGAGGACUAGAAGAGGAAAUUGGCAUGCCACCUCUAUCCUCCCUCUCUCUAGGCCAGCACCAGCGAGCACCCCAGCCCAGCUACCAGGCCCCUCAGAGCCCUCCGCAACAGUACUACCAAAAUGCGCCUGCCCCGAUGGCGCCAAUGUCACCACCGGCCGAGCCGCAAAUCCAGUCCUGGGCGCGAGACGACAAUACUCAGCCGCCCGAACAGCCGCAGCCGCGACAAUCGAUGCAGCCGCUGCAGGGGAUGUGGAAUCCUGAGAUGGGCAUCAAGUUCGCGCCGUCGCCGGGCGCGGGCGGAGGCGGUCAGGGAGGACAGGCGGGUAGUGGCGGACCUGUGGGCGGGAAGUGGGAGCCCAAUGCCGGGAUCAGGUUUGGUUGA